CUGCGAAUGGGGGUUCUUUCGAACAGCUUGGGAUCGUACGUUUCUUCCAAGUCUUCCACGAAGAACUUCGCUAGACCUUGACCGACACUUACAGGGUCGGUCAAUUAUGCACGCAUCCUGCUGUUGCUCGUUGUCCUGGCAACGUCGUGGCCGCGAUUGAAAUUCGCCUGGGGUAUAUCGCUUCUUCUUCUUCUUCUUCUUUCUUUUCCAUCAAUUCCUCCUGUCUUCUUCUCGUCUAAUUCUUCCUGUCGACUUCCUUAAUUCUCUUCCCUCCUCGUCACGUGAACUCUCGUCAGCAUGGCCAAAUUCGCGAGUAUCUACGAGAAACCUUCACCUCACAUCAGUCUACCCGACUGGCACGCCAAACAAUGGCAGCUUCGACAAUCCUCGGGCGUGCAGAGAUCCGAGGCCUGUCAGCUACGCGACUCGAGCAGAUCCGUGCGUCUCGAAACGGCCGCAAGGACUAAAUGGGAUACUGACAUAAAUAACGAUCGACUGGCGGACAGAGUCACGGAACUGUCGAGAUGGAGGAACGACCUUGAGGAUUUGAUGCAACAGUUGCUCCUCGAAAUACGUUUGCUGAGCGACGAGAAGAGCAAUACGGAGAGGGAGAUAGAGACUAUGAUCCAUCUUCUGCAAGUGGUCAGCGAAUGUAUCUCAACGAGGGACCGUCGUAAGAGAACCGAGCUCACGUACGACGAGACCGACAUCCAGCUGAAGAAGGAACUUUGCUUGAUCGCGGAUAUUCAGGACGCGUUGACCAAGAGGGUGCAGACCGCGCGGGAGAAGCUGAACACCUUGGACAGCAUCAAGUUCGACUUGGACAUGGACAUAGAAGAUAAGAAUGAGACCAUCAAGAUCGACAAAGAGAACCUCGUGCUGGACCGCACUUGCGCCAACAUAAGUUACAAGCCGACGUUGCCGAUCAGCGAGAAAACGCGGCCAAUCACUUACGCGACUUGGUUAGAGCGGUGCCACCGCGUCCAGAUGUUGAUCGACGACAAGCUGAGCGACUCGUACAGCUUCCGCGAGGCUACGCGCGUGAUGCGAGAACACGCGUGGAACGAUGUCCGGGCUCAACAAGAUGCGACGGAUUACACCCUGAGAAAGAGGAUCUAUCAGACGCAGAAGGCCAGGAACGAGUUGGACUGGCAGAAGCUCAAGGUGUGGGAGGAGAUGGAGACGUUGAAGAAGGAGAUAACUCGGUUGGAGGGAGCGUUAGUGAGCAAAAUGGACGUGAUGAAGUGCGCACAGACGCGUUUGGAAAAUCGCACUCACCGGCCCGGCUACGAGCUCUGCAAGGACGAGGUUGAGACGGGUCUGUGGGGUGAGGUUCUGCAAUUGAAACAGACCGAGAAAGAUUUGACCGGAGCCAUCGAGAGUGCAAAAGCGAGCUACAACGGCUUGGAGUCCUUGCUGACGCGGAUCGAGCACGACCUGGAUGACAAGCAGCACUCCCUCAACGUCGAUGUCAUGUGCUUAGACUCACGAGCAAUACUGAAGACUGGCGACAGAGCGCGCUUGCCGGGCGAGACCGACCGUAACAUUGUGUUAACGCGCAUGGAGGAGGAGAUCCCGCUGGAAUCCUAA